CAAAAAAGAUGAAAUAAAAAUUCUAAUAAUAUGUGUGUCGCACAACAGCAAGUGAAAUGCAAACGCGUUCUGCGCUGCUUUGACCAUGAAAAAUGCCAGCGAGAAAUUGGCGAAAAUCAAUGAAAGCCUUCAAAGCAACAACAAUAAGAAAUAUAUUUUGAAAUUAAGUGAAAUCCGAAGGCGAUUCCGUUAUGCUGCGCUGCCUUCGCAAUAACAUUGUUAAAACCGUUUAAAACUCUGCUUUAAACCACAACAAACAAACCACAACAACAGGAGCAUUUCCCUCCACUCCCCCGCCCCCUUCACACCCACAAAAACAACAUAAAAUGGAUGGUCAACGUGCUCGGGAUUUGAUGACGCUGCUGCAGGAGCGCGUUGUGUUCUUGACGGGCGGACGCGAUAGGCGUGGCGGACCGUUAUUAUGCUUUCCGGCAACGCCACGCAGAGAUCGCCUCAAACCGGAGGAUUUGCGUCGCCUGCUAAGCUAUCUGAUUAGCAUACCAAGCGAUGCGGCCAAGAAUCUCGGCUUCACCGUCAUUAUCGAUAUGCGCGGCAAUGGGAACUGCUCGACGAACGUGAAGACGAUAUUGAAGGUGCUGCAGGAACACUUUAGCGCCAACAUUCACAACGUGGUCAUCAUCAAGCCGGACAAUUUCUGGCAGAAGCAACGGGCCUCGAUCAGCUCGAAUAAAUACAAAUUUGAGACGCAAACCAUUUCCAUUGAGGCGCUCAACAAGAUAGCUGAAUCGCAUCAGUUGACGGGCGAUUUUGAUGGGCAGCAGCUGUACGAUCAUCAGCAGUGGACGGACGCACGGGUUGCGAUUGAGGAUUUCUUUUGGCAGGCCGGCGAUAUGGCGGAUCGCAUCGAUGACCUCCAGGAGGAUCUCAAUCGCAACGAUUUCGCCGAGGAUGUCAGUCUGGCGCGCCACGCCAUCGAUCAUCACAACGAGAUGCGCAAGAAGAUCACCAAGCUGCCCAUCGAGGAUCUCGAUAUGCAGGCCAACAAACUCCUAACCAAGAUCAAUGUAGCAAGUGGCACGGCAAAUGCCACAGGCCAAGCGGGACAGUGCGCUGGAGGCAACUCAGGUACAACAGAUUGCGCCGAUUCGGGCACCUCAUCCGCCGGACAGCAGCAGCAGCAACAAGCUGCCCGUCUCGCUGCAACCGGUAGCAGCAACAAUCCGGAUAUGUCGGCGGCCAUUAACAAGGCACUCCGUCAAAUCGACCUCAUCCACUCCGGCCAGGACCGACUGCUGAUGCUCUGGCAGCAUAAGAAGGUCAAGCUGGAUCAGUGUUUUCAGUGGCGCCUCUUCGAGCAGGAUUGCGAAAAGAUGUUCGAUUGGAUACUGCACAAUCGAGAUGUAUUCCAAAUGAGCUACGUCGAAAUCGGACACAAUUAUUCCGGCGCCAAAUCCCUACAGGAUGAGCAUCAAAAAUUCGCCGUUGCCUCAAUGAAUGUGAAUGUGAAUAUUGAUCGAAUUUUGGCUGUGGCUGCUCGCCUCAUCGAGAGUCAACAUUAUGCGGCCCAGCAUAUAAAGACACUGGCACAACGACUCGAUCGCACCUGGAAGGAUUUCGGUGCGGGGCUAGAUGAGCGGACGGCAGUGCUCCAGUUGAGUGUACUCUUCCAUCACAAAGCCGAACAAUAUUGCAACAGUGUCGCCAGUUGGGCAGCCGCCUGUCAAGCAUCGCAACCGCUGCCCUCCGACAUCCAGAGCCUGGAGACGGCAAUAAGGACACAUCAAUCGCUGUACGAGGCGAUGUGUCAGGCGUACACCGAGGUGCAUUCGACGAGCAAAAAGCUGCUCUAUCAGCUGGAUCAUCUGGUACAGGUGUGCAAUCAGUCGCCGCCACCCGGUGUGCCCGAUUAUCGCAAGAACAAUAGCAACAACAGUAACAGUAGCAGUGGCAGUAAUAGUAAUAGUAAUAGUAACUAUAACAAAUAUGAGAGACAAAAUCCGGCUGCGGAUUAUAGCGAGGGCGCCAGUCAUGUCCUUGUCGUCAUACACCAAAUAUUGGGCCAUCAUCGCAAACUGGAGGCCAAAUGGCAUCAGGAGAAGAUACGGCUGCAUCAGACGCUCGCCUUGCGUCUCUUCCAGGAGGAUGUUAAGCAGGUCCUCGAUUGGCUUAAGAAUCAUGGUGAAGUCUUUCUCCGCAAAAACACUGGCAUUGGACGGAAUCUGCAAAAGGCGCGUGUCUAUCAAAAAUCGCACGAACAUUUCGAGAAUGUUGCCCAAAAUACGUAUAGCAAUGCCGAGAAAUUGCUCUCGGCGGCGGAGGAGCUGGCACGCAGCGGUGAAGCCGAUCCCAAUGAGAUCUAUUCGGUGGCACGCGAACUGGAGCUGCAGGUGGCAAGUUUUGCGGAGCGAGUGGAGCAGCGUCGUCGCCGCCUGGAGAUGGCUGUUAUAUUUUAUACCCAUGAAAAGGAGGUGAGUGCCUGGAUUGAAUCUCUGCGCACGGAUGUGAGCACGGAUGAGACGCGACUCUCGCAGGAGAAUCUCGAGGGAAUCGAACGAUUGCUGCAACAGUAUCGCGAUCAACAGGAGAGCACCGUCAACAUGUGCAUAGCGAUUAUAGCUCAGGGCGAGGCGUUGCUUCAGGAGAUGCGCUCGCUGGAGUAUGUGGACAAUACGGGCUCGCUGGCCGCGCUCGAGGCAACGCUGGCCAAGCUGAACAAACAGAAGAUCGAAGUGGAGGAGCUUUGGUCAGCGCGUAAAUUUCGUGCCGAUCUCAUCCUGCGUUUGCGCUACUUUGAACGGGAUGCCAUGGAACUGUCCUCGCAGUUGGAGAUCUGGUCGGAGGAGCUGCAGCAUGCGGAUCUCUCGCGUGACUACCAAAAAGCUGAGCAACUAAUACGCAUGCACAACGAGUCCGUGACGGACAUACAGAAUGCCACGUAUGAGAUACUGCAACAGGGUCAGGAUCUGUUGCAGCUGUUCGAGAAUGCCGGCUUCAUCUCGAUGGCGGAUGCCACACAUACGGCCCAAGCACGCAUCGAAUAUUUGCUCGACUUUUUGCGGGAGCGCGAAAUCGAUCUGGAGGAACUGUCCGAGGCGAAGCGGGCCAAGUUGGAGCAGGCUGUGCAACUCUGUCAAUUCCAGAACGAUGCCAAUCAGGUGAUCUCGUGGAUACGCAACGGCGAAGCGAUGCUCGUCGCCACCUUUGUCACGCCCAACAGUGUCCAGGAGGCGGAACAGUUGCGCAAGGAACACGAACAGUUUCAGAUUGCCAUUGAGAAGACGCACACGUCGGCUGUGCAGGUUAAAUAUCGUGCGGAUGCCUUAAUCAAUGCCAAUCACUACGACCCCAAAUCGAUACGUGAGAUCAGCGAUGAUGUGACCAAGAAGUGGCAACAACUGGUAACGUAUGCCGAGGAGCGUCACAAGCUGGUCACCGCAUCCAUCAACUUCUACAAGACGGCGGAGCAGGUGUGCUCGGUGCUCGAUAGCCUGGAGCGUGAGUAUCGGCGCGAGGACGAUUGGUGCGGUGGCGGUGGCAGUAGUGACAAAGCACAAACCAUUGUGCAACUAAUCUCCAAGCAUCAGGAACAGAAGGAGGCAUUCCUCAAGGCGUGCUCCUUGGCGCGUCGCACUGCGGAGACAUUCCUCAAGUAUGCGAAUCGUUCGCAACAGUAUUACCAAUACACCCAGGGCAAUUGUGAAGAGCAUGUGAAGACCAAACUGGAUAAAUUGCUCACCCAGGAGUAUCAAGUGCUCGAGUUUUGGACGUUGCGCAAAAAGUCACUGGACCAAUGCCAGCAAUUUGUGCUGUUCGAGAGGAGCGCUAAACAGGCCAUCGAAUGGAUACACAAUACCGGCGAGGGUUAUCUCUCCUCGCGCACGAAUCUCGUCGGCAUCUCGCGUGAGGAAACCGAAUCGUUGCUCAAGGAGCACAAUGAAUUUCGCAGCACAGCGAAAGAGACAAGAGAACGGGUCAAGCUGCUCAUCCAACUCGCCGAUAGUCUGGUGGAGAAGGGGCAUGCCCAUGCCAGUUCCAUCAAACAGUGGGUGGCCUCUGUCGAUCAACGCUAUAAGGAUUUUAGCAAUCGCAUGGAUAGCUACUGUGAGCAGCUGGAGAAAUCGUUGGGCAUGGCCAAGCAGCCCUUGCAUCUGAUGAUGAUGCAACCCGAUGCGGAUGCAAACAGUUCCAGCAGCACUCCCGGCGUCAGCAGCAGCAACAGCACCGAUCGUCACUCAGAUCCCACGCUGGAGGCCAAGCUAACGACCUCGGCCAGUUCGGCGGCCAGCAAAGAGAUCAACGAGGAGAAACGUAAGUCGGCACGGCGAAAAGAGUUCAUCAUGGCCGAGCUGAUGCAGACGGAACGGGCCUAUGUCAAUGAUUUGGCCACGUGCAUCAAAUGUUUCCUCGAAGAGUUUCGCAGCGGUCGCAAUGUGCCCUCUCCUCUGCUCGGCCAAGAGGACAUCAUCUUUGGUAAUAUACGGGAAAUACAUCAUUUCCAUCAGAAGAUCUUCUUGCGCGAGCUGGAGAAAUAUGAAACAAUGCCCGAGGAUGUGGGUCAUUGUUUUGUGACGUGGGCCGUCAAAUUUGAUAUGUAUGUGCAUUAUUGCAAGAACAAACCGACAUCGAAUAAUCUACUAGUGCAGCAUGCUGGCAAUUAUUUUGAGGAGCUGCAGCGACGCCUCGAAGUGGAGCAUCCACUGCCCGCUUAUCUCAUCAAACCAGUGCAACGGAUCACCAAAUAUCAAUUGCUGCUCAAGGAUCUGUUGUCGUGUUGCGAGGGCAGCCACGGUGAGAUCAAAGAGGGUCUCGAAGUCAUGCUCAAUGUGCCGAAGAAGGCCAACGAUGCAAUGCAUCUGUCGUUGCUCGAGAACUGUGAUGUGUCCAUCGAUAAACUGGGCGAAGUUGUGCUCCAGGAUGCCUUCCAGGCCUGGGACACCAAACAGAUUAUACGCAAGGGUCGCGAACGACGCGUUUUCCUCUUCGAAUUGUAUCUGCUGUUCGCGAAGGAGGUGAAGGAAUCGAAUGUGGUUAAAUAUCAGUUCAAGAGCAAACUGAUGACCACAGACAUGGGCAUCACGGAGCACAUCGAGGGCGAUGAGACCAAGUUUGCCGUGUGGACGGGUCGUUCCCCGAUGCUCUCCGAUUGUCGCAUUGUGCUCAAGGCGAACAGCCUGGAAACCAAACAGAUUUGGGUUAAGAAACUGCGUGAGGUCAUGCAGGAAACCUGCUUCUCGGGCACCUCGUUGACCCUGCCAAAGUCGCCGGCGAAGAAAUCGGGCUCCUCGCAGCGCUCAUCGCGUGAUCUGGAUGAACCACUCACGGAGAAUGAUCACGAUCGUUGCUCUCUGGCCAGCUUUGGCUCGGGCAAUACCACAGACAGUGAUAAUAAGUUGGGCAAUCAGGAGGCCACCUGGGUUGUGGCCGACUAUAUAGCCAGUGCGGGCAGCAACGAGCUGAGCGUUAGCAAGGGCCAGCAGGUUGAGAUUAUUGAGUUGCCCACAGCCAGUGAGCCGGACUUUUGUUUGGUGCGCCUAAAUCCGCAGCAUGACGAUUCCGCCGUACAAGAGGGCCUGGUGCCUGUGGCAGUGCUCAAACCGCCGCCAGGUGCCCACAAGCAAGGUUCGUCCUCGGCCAGCACCGGAGGAGCAGCAGCUGGCGCAACAACAGCAACAACACCCUCACAAAAGCCAAACGACAGCAUGCAGGAUCAAGGCAAUCGCAGCAAGGCGGAUGCAUUAUCCUCUUCUACAAAGCGACGCGGAUUUAGCGGGCGCAAAUGGCUGCCGCAACCGUUGCGCAAACUCUCGCAGAGCAAGGUGGAGAAAUCACCAAAUAAUGACAAGGCGCUCAUGAAGAAGCCCUCGGAGAAGAAUCUGAGACUAACACAGAAGCACACCGAGGAGCUGGCAGAACAGACGCCGGGCGCCAGCGGCAGCGUUGGCCAAUUGCCACCGCAUCCACAAUUCCCAAAUGUGAGCAGCAGCAGCACCAACCAGCAGCUGCAGCAGCAGCAUGACUUUGAGCCGGAAGAGGAGGCCGGCUUGGAGCUGCCGCCGCCUAUGAAACCCAUACAGGAGCCGCAUUUGAUUGCCAAUGGACCGCCCACAUUUCCCAAGGAUCUCAAGGAGGGCUCAGCCAAUAUGGCCAGCACCGGUAAAAUAGACAGCAAUCCCUUAUCGGAAAUUGAACAAAUUGUGCAAAAGAGUCGGGAACAACACGAAUCCAAUAGUCGGCCGGAUGGCAGUGCUCCAAGUGAGGCUGGAGGCGAGGACAAUGCAGCCACCAACGGAUGCGCUGAACUCGGCUUUGUCCAGGGUAACAAUGACAAGAACAAAACAGAUACCAGCGAUAGCGAAGCGAGCGCCUUAAACAGACGCCAAUUGGCGCUGAAUGAGCUGGUAAUCACAGAGGAGUCCUACGUGCAGGACCUCCAAAUGAUAGUCAAUGGUUACAUGAAGGAGAUCUAUAACAAAGAGAUACCCAGACCACCGGGUCUGCAGGACGGCAAAAUGGAUCUGGUAUUCAACAAUAUCAAAGAGAUCCACGAGUGGCACAGAGAUAAAUUUCUGAGAGCUCUGCGGCACUGCCAAAGAUCGCCAGCGGAUCUGGGGCCAUUAAUCGAGAGUUCGGCCAAAAAGUUCACCAUGUACUAUUAUUUCUGCAGCAACAAACCACUGUCCGAGUAUAUAGUCAAUGAGUAUUAUGAUUAUUUCGAUCAGAUACGCCAGAAACUCGGACAUCGCCAUGAUCUGAGUGCGUUAAUUAUAACGCCCGUGCAGCGCAUUACCAAAUACGGUCUCCUCAUCAAUGAGAUCCUGAAACAGACGGAACGCGCUGGUCUCCACAAUGAGGUCGCCACUUUAAUUGCUGCCUACGAACAAAUGAACGAUGUGGUCAAGAAGGUCGACGACAUGAUGAUGGUCUUGCGUGGCUUGCAGGACUUUGAUGGCGAAAUAACCGCACAGGGCAAUUUAUUGCUGCAUGGAACACUGACCUGUGCCAUCGAUGGGGCCGGACAGAAGCAGCGUGAUUGGAAAGUGUUUCUAUUCCAGCAGAUUAUCAUCUUUGCGGAAAUACAAAAGCUGAAGACACCCUACAGCAAUCCCCUCUUCAAAUAUCGUACGCAUAUACAGCUAAAUCACAUGCAGCUGAAGGAGCUGAAAGAGGGCGAGUUUAGUUUUCGCAUCGAAUCAACGGAUCCAAAUAAGCCAGCAGUUACCAUCGACUGUCAGGCGGGAUCGGAGAAAGCCAACGAAGAGUGGCUGGGCAAGCUAAAAAUGAUACUUGAGCAGCAGAGCGAUUUGAUUACACGUCUCGUAAAUCCCCUGAGCAAUUGAAACCACAACAAACACACAAAGUGUUGAAUUCCAAAUGAAAAAAGAAAAAGAAGAAAGAAAAUAAUAUAUAACAACUACAAUUAUACGAUGAGAGUAGUUCUAUAUAGAAUAUAAUAAAACAAAAAAUAAUAUAUAUAUGACAUUGCCAGAUAUUUUGGGGCAGCCCCCCAAUACCGAAAAUCUGUCAGUCUCUAGUGAGCACUUAGCCUCGCACUUGUUUGUCUGAGCGUCUGUUUCUGUUCGUUUUGCUCACUAUCGAACACACACACACACACAACACACACACCAACACGAAACACACACAUACUCAAGUCCUAAUUUGUAUGUAGCUUGUAAUUUAUUUAUUUAUCAUCAACCGAACCGCGUCUAUAUUUGUUGUAUGUGCCGUCUCUUUAUAUUCCUCGAGUUUUCCGUGUUACAUGAAUAGCGAAAGUAUUAUAUGCUCAAGAAUAUAUACAAAUAUAUACAUAAAUUUAUUAUAUUA